GUUGAAGUCGGAAGCGAGAGCCAACACUGAAGGAGUCGAGACGAGAGAGAGAGAGAGAGAGAGAGAGAGGGAGAGAGAAAAUGAGUGUUUGGAAGAGUCUUCUUCUUCGAAUUGGCGAAGCUUCCCCGGACUAUGGCACCUCCUCCGACUUCAAAGAGCACAUUGAAACUUGCUUCGGCGUCCUUCGCCGAGAAUUAGAACACUCCUCCCACGACGUCCGGCAGUUUCUUAUCCAGUGUGCUGAACAGUUGCCUCACAAGAUUCCCUUAUACAGUACCCUGAUUGGCUUGUUAAACUUGGAGAAUGAGGAUUUUAUCAGGAAAGUGGUGGAGAACACGCACAGUAAUUUUCAGGAUGCCUUAGAUACUGGAAACUGCAACAUGAUUCGUAUUUUGAUGAGGUUCCUGACUGCUAUGAUGUGCAGUAACGUUCUCCAUCCCAGUUCUCUUGUGAUAGUCUUUGAAACAUUAUUAUCAUCAGCCGCAACAACAGUUGAUGAGGAGAAAGGGAAUCCAUCCUGGCAAUCGCGAGCCGACUUUUACAUAACAUGCAUCUUAUCCUGUCUCCCUUGGGGAGGAGCAGAACUGAUUGAGCAAGUCCCUGAAGAAAUUGAAAGAGUUCUUGCUGGUGUAGAAGCUUAUUUGAGCAUAAGAAAGCAUGUUAGUGACAGUGGGUUGUCUUUUUUUGAGGAUGAUGAUGACAGUGCAAAAGUCUCUACUGAUAAGGAUUUUUUGGAAGAUCUGUGGGGCCGAAUACAAGUUCUAUCUAAUAAUGGAUGGAAACUUGACAGCGUUCCAAGACCUCACCUAUCAUUCGAAGCACAGCUGGUCAAUGGAAAGUGUCAUGAGUUUGGCCCCAUUAGCUGUCCUGACCAACCUGAACUGCCUUCAGCGAUUUCCAAAAUUACUAAUGGUAGACAAAAGCAUGAUGCCGAGUCAAUUUAUCCUCAAAGGAUCCGAAGGCUGAAUAUCUUUCCUGCAAAUAAAACUGAGGAUAUGGAACCCAUGGAUCACUUCAUUGUGGAAGAGUAUCUGCUGGAUGUGCUUUUUUUCUUAAAUGGCUGUCGAAAGGAAUGUGCCUCAUACAUGGCUGGUCUACCCGUGCCCUUUAGAUAUGAGUAUCUUAUGGCAGAGACAAUUUUCUCUCAGUUACUUCUGCUGCCACAACCCCCUUUCAGGCCAACAUAUUACACACUGGUUAUUAUGGAUCUCUGUAAGGCUCUUCCUGGAGCCUUUCCGGGAGUCGUUGCUGGUGCUGUUCGGGUUCUUUUCGAGAAAAUGGCUGAUUUGGAUAUGGAAUGUCGAACACGGCUAAUCCUUUGGUUUUCUCACCACUUAUCCAACUUUCAGUUCAUCUGGCCUUGGGAGGAGUGGGCUUAUGUCUUAGACCUGCCAAAAUGGGCCCCACAACGUGUAUUUGUUCAGGAGGUCCUGGAGAGAGAAGUUCGUUUGUCCUACUGGGAAAAAGUGAAGCAGAGUAUUGAGAGUGCUCCUGGUCUAGAAGAACUGCUUCCUCCCAAGGGGAUGCCAAACUUCAAGUUUCGUGUUGAAGAAAGCAUUGAGGGAAAUGAACAAUAUUCACUUUCUGCUGACCUCAGAAACAUGGUUAAAGGAAGGGCAUCUGCCCGUGAAAUAAUCUUAUGGAUAGAGGAAAGUCUGUUUCCUGUCCAUGGUAUGGAGGUUACGCUCAAUGUGGUUGUGCAAACUCUCCUCGACGUUGGAUCUAAAAGUUUCACCCAUUUAAUUACUGUAUUGGAGAGAUAUGGUCAAGUCAUUGCAAAACUAUGUGCUGACCAGGAUAAGCAGGUCAUGCUGAUAAGUGAGAUUGAUUUUUACUGGAAGAACAAUGCUCAAAUGACUGCCAUUGCAAUAGAUAGGAUGAUGGGGUACCGACUGUUAUCUAAUUUGGCCAUUGUGAAAUGGGUCUUUUCUCCCGAAAAUGUUGAGCAAUUUCAUUUAUCAGACCGCUCAUGGGAGAUAUUAAGGAAUGCAGUUGGAAAAACUUACAACCGUGUAUGCGAUCUGAGGAAAGAGAUUUUGUCCCUGAAAAAGAACAUAGUAUCGGCUGAAGAAGCUACAGCAGCUGCAAAAGCAGAGUUAGUGGCUGCUGAAACAAAGCUAUCACUUAUGGAUGGCGAACCUGUUCUUGGUGAAAAUCCUAUGAGGUUGAAGCGUUUGAAAUCCUAUGCCGAUAAGGCGAAGGAGGAGGAGGUGUCUGUUCGUGAAUCUUUAGAGGCUAAGGAGGCUCUGCUUGCCCGAGCCCGUGAUGAAUUUGAGGCAUUGUUUUUCUCCUUGUACAAAAACUUCCUGAAUGUCUUGAUGGAACGGCUGCCAGAGGCAUCAAAAGUUGCUACACUGCAGGGAUUAAAGUCAAUUUAUGCAGAUUCUUUGUCAGUUGACCUUGAAGAAUCUUCUGCAAUGGAGGUGGAUGAUGAGAAUGGAAAAUCUAAAAGUCAAGUGAAUGGUGCCAGGACAAAUAAUGCAUAUAAUGUUGGAGAACAGGAGCAGUGGUGUCUGUCGACAUUAGGCUACCUCAAAGCGUUCUCGAGGCAAUAUGCUUCUGAGGUAUGGCCUCACAUGGAGAAGCUGGAUGCAGAGAUUAUAACAGAGAAUGUGCAUCCCCUUAUACGAAAAGCAAUUUAUUGUGGUCUACGUCGAUCAAUUGAUGGGUUGUAAUCUAGUUCGGACUUAUGUACCUGAAUUGUUUUUCACACACUUUUUGUACCCCUGUAGUAAUGUAGAUGAGGGAACCUGAUGGAUUGAUUGGAAACAUGAGUUUGAGGCGGCCUUGCCUUUCGUUAUAGGGACAACAUUGAAGUGAU